AUGAUGAAUAUUUUUAUAGUAUCAAUUUUAUUCACAACAUUACUCUCAUGCCAAGUCCAAUAUAACAACGACCUUAAAUUCGAUUUUAGCAAUGUAUAAGCUAAUUAUUUGAUUUAUGGAAAUGAUGGGAAAUCCUUAUACAUCACAUUGUGUGGACUUUUAAAUUAUAGAUGUGAGUAGUAAGAAUCCACCAGACUUUUGGAAGAGACCAAAACUGAAACAAAUAAUACAAGUACAGACACUGCCACCACUACCACAGAUACUGAAAAAACAAAUGAAAACAACACUAAUACAGAACCCGCAACAGAUACAAAUAAAGAGGACAAUAAUACUAAUAGUGGUACUUCCACUACAACUGAUACAAAUACUCCUAAAGUAGAUGAUAAGACAAGUGAUGAUAAGAAAACUAAUGAUAAGGAAGAUGCGAAUGUACUUAAAUAAGUAGAUAAAGACUAAUCACAAUCACUUAUUAUUGGAGAAAAAAACACAUGCACUCCAUAUUCUGAAUAAAGCAAUGUGGAUGCAAACCAAAUAACUUUAUUGGUUGAAAAUAAGCCAUUUGAGGGAUUGAUUAUUGAAAGAAGAGGAAUCAUAGAAAAGGAGACCUUUAAAUUAUAAUUGAAGUGUUCCGAAUCAGAUGUCUUGACGAUAGAAGACUCUAAUAAAGAUGGAUAUCUAUUCAUCCUUACAACAUCAUCUGCUUGUCCAAUAUUGGUCUAUAACCCUGUGACUUAAUUCUUUAUUGAUUUUAAAUGGAUGUUCUCCAUAUUCCUUUGGGUGGUUGGAAUAUUCUUCCUACUCUUCGGAUACUAAUUAGCAUAGUUGUCAUCAAUGAUUCUAGCAUCCAUAAUGGGUUUCGGAUUUACUACUAUUGUCAUUGGAGAGGCCACAUUAAAUAGUUAAUCGAGUAAUGCCGCCUUGUGUGUCGUCAUAGGAUCAGGAAUAUUAGUGGCUUUCAUUUAUUUCAAUGCUUCCAUGCAGAGAUUCUUUUUCCUUCUAUUCAACUUUGGAUUUAGUGUUGGUGUGAUUAUCUCCUUGAUGAUUCAAUCCUUAUUUUACUACACUAUUGAAACAGACUUAAUGUUCUUCCCUUUGACAACUUCCAUCGUUGUAUCUGGAGUGAUUUUGGGUUUGCUUGGUCUCAGAUACAAUCUCCAAAUGGGAAUUGUGUCCACUUCUUUAGUUGGAGCUUACUGCCUAAUCAGACCUAUUGGAUUCAUUGCUGGAGGUUAUCCGAAUGAAUUAUUACUAACUAAAUAGGCUGAAUACGGGUUUGAUAUCAAAAUAGGCUAUUCAGUUUAUGUGUAUAAUGUUAUGAUCAUCUUGGUAGCCAUUCUCUGCGGCGUAUAUUAGAGAAGAUAGCACUUAAAGAGAGUGGCUCUCGAUGACCAGUUGUAGGCUGAUAUCAAAUAUUACGAGAUGAGCAAUGUUGAUGAUGAAGACAAAUAAAAAAGACAAAGCAAAAAUAGUGAUAAGAAUGUGACAGUCAUUUUCGCCAAACAUCUUGAGAAUUAAGGAGAAGAACUUUAAGAUAAAAAGAGACAUUCGCAUCUAACUGGAAGUGAUAUCAAUGAUUGA